AUGAGACUGGCUCCGUGUUUCUUGCUGACCGCAGCAGCUGCUGCUGUCGAGGCUUCCUCUGGUCUCCUCUACAUCUACAACGACCGAGUGAGCGCGGGCGACAAGCAGCCCACCACCCUCAAGGCCGACGCCGCCCGUCUGGUCAUCGCCUCGCGAUUGGGGCUUGACCAAUACCACUCCCUCCAAGGACAGUCCGAAUCCGCUCUGCAAGACAUCGAUCGCCUUUCUGGACAGUCAUCCUUCCUCUCAUCCAAUGACGCCUCGGUCGCCUUCAUCUUAUCGGCCAGCGACGACGACCUUCCCUUCUCCUUUAGCCAAUCUGCCGACCUAGAGACCAUUCAAAUCAAAGAUUCUCCCGACUUCAAGACUGCAGAGCAGCUGCUCAAGGAUCUCGCGCAACAAUCUGGCGUUGACAACUUGUACGAUGUCCAACACUCCACCGUCUCCUCUGAGGCUGGCCCUGCCUUUAGAAUCGCUCAAGACUCACGGGCACUUGGUGAUGCCUUUGAGACCCUGGCCAACCAGUACGACACUGUUCUGAUCCUCACUGUACCCAAGGCCUCAAACAAGAAGUCAUUCGGCUCCUACGAUGGUGCCGCCAGCUCGCACCAAAAGCGUUACGUCAAGGAGGCUCCUCUGAUCACCGAAGUCACCAAGACCGCUUCUCACCUUAAGGCCACCCUUGCCCCUGAGGCUUCUUCGAACAAGACCUACAACCAGACCGCUCCUCUCAGAGGUAUCCUUCCUGGCUGCUUCGCCUCCCUGUCCGCCUGCCAAUCCAUGACCCGCAACUGCACUGGCCACGGCUCUUGUGUCUUGUCUUACACCGACAAGGACGCCGGCGACUUGGGCGGCAAGUGCUACUCCUGCGCCUGCAAGGCCGAAGUCCGCACAAACUCGGACGGCACCAAGAAGACCACCCGCUGGGGCGGCCCCGCCUGCCAGAAGAAGGACAUCGUCAUGCCCUUCUGGCUCAUCAGCUCCUUCUCGGUCUUCAUGGUCUUCGUCGUCAGCUGGGGUAUUGGUCUGCUCUACACCAUGGGUAGCCAAGAGCUCCCUAGUGUCAUUGGUGCUGGUGUUUCCGGCCCUGUUAGAAAGUAG